AUGUCGGCAGAGACCGAAAUAGAGGUAUCGGUCGUCUCCGAGGAAGAUUUGGAAGCCUCGCGUGGCAGCAGUUCGUCGCCGAAGCACUCCGAAAUGUUGCUGCAGGAUAAACAACGUCAUGGCUGCAACAUUCCCAGCCAUCCUUUCAGCUUCGACGUCGGCAAGGCUGCCUUGAGGCCGGCAUGCAAUGCUCACUACACGUCUUUCAGUAUAUCGAGUAUUUUAGGCCGGUCAGAAUCCCCGUCGGCGAAUGCCACGGCUGCUGUUAGCAUCGUCAACCGUUCGUCCGACGCGGAACGUGGAUCUCCACCAGCAGCUACCACCUCGCAAAAACUAGUCACCUCGUGUGGUUCUUCACCCACCGAAAGGAUACUGUCACCCACGUCAUUAAUACUCACCGGCAGUGGUGGUUCCGGCAGUGCUAGAUCAAUAGUCAGUCAGAGUACCACCGAAACACGUAAUAGUAAUCCUGCAACUGGAUUAUCAUGGAGUUCCGGUCCAACAACAAGUCCCCCGAGUUUUCCGGCUUCUGGAGACCACACUAAUCCGCUAAUGGGUCAUCAGGCGUCUGCGAAUCUCGCCAUGUUGUCAAGGCUGGGUCUGGUGUCCUCGCUGAUCGAGAGGUAUCCCAUAGGAGUGGGUGGUGUUUUUUUCCCAUCGACACUCCAACAUCUUCAACAGCAGCAUCACUCAAGACUUGCCGCCGUUGCAAGCUCGGCGCUCAGCAAUGCCGGCCAAUCGGAUGCCAGUGACGCUGAUGGAAUACGCGGAGUUUUACCGGGUAACGGAGGCUGGCCGUUUCCAUGGAGGCCGACUCAUGGAUUGCAAGCUCUUGAGCAUCCAUCCCCGAGCGACGUUAUUGGAUCACACAGUCGCGUUAGUCCACCCUCCGGGUCUUAUCUCAAACGAGAAGAUGACGAUGACAAUCCGUCGGACGAUCGUUUGCAUCGAGGCGGCCGGAGUCCAUCAAGUGGCGACGAAGUCCACGAUGACCUGGGCGACGUUGAUGACGGAAUGGAUGGCGACGACGGGGAGUCCCCCGGUUCCUCGGGUCACCAUGGGUCGAUCAAUGCCGGUGGUAACCAGGGCAGCCAAUCCAACGUAAACGGCCAAGACUCGAAUGUAAAACGGAAGAAAAAAACCCGUACCGUCUUCUCACGAUCGCAAGUAUUUCAAUUGGAAACGACUUUUGAGAUGAAACGGUAUCUUUCGUCGUCGGAACGCGCGUCUUUGGCAGCGUCGUUACGGUUAACAGAGACCCAAGUUAAGAUAUGGUUUCAAAACCGUCGGAAUAAGUGGAAACGUCAGUUAGCUGCGGAAAUAGAGGCCUCGAGUAUGGCACACGCGGCACAGCGGCUGGUACGCGUGCCAAUUCUGUACCACGAAGCAACUGCUGCCAACAACACAGUAGUCGCGACCUCUUCUGUCGGCAGCGGUGGACAACCGUCGAUCGUAACUGCGAAUCCACUGACAGCAACCAGCGGACCUCACUCAGUUGGCGUCACUGUUGGCGUUGGUACUUCUUGUGUGCCGUGUACGACAACGCCGUCAAUAUUUUAUUCCCCACAUGGGGCAGUAGCGGCCCAUCAUCAGCAUCAUCACCACCACCAUCAUCCACCGCCGCCACCGCACGUACAAGCCCACACACUGCUACCUCAUCAGGUGCAUCCGCAACCACCACCGCCCCCACCCCCACCCCCCAACUCUCAAGUCCAGUCGUCGCAAUAA